GAAUGUCACUACUAGUAUCAGUCACUGUCUCCCUGUCAUUAAAACAUCAAUAUUUAUGAAAAAAAGGUAAGGGUUCAAAAAAAAAAACGUGGGAAAUACUACUACUACUUGUUAACUAAAGAAACGUCGCAAAUCUAAAAGUAUUACUGUUGCGUCGUGAACGUGAAUUCAGCAUGGCUAAACGACAAGGCAAGGUAUAUUUAGGUUAUGAAGAAGAAAUCAUUGGAGAGAAAAACCAAGUUCUUCUGACUUACAAAAUGAACAAAAUAGGUGGUAUCCCCAACUGGCCACCGCUAGAUAAUUUAAAUUAUUCUUCGAAAUGUCCAUUAUGUGGAUUAUACCGAAUGCUGAUCGUCCAAUGCUAUGCCCCCCUGGAAAACUCUGUCUACCACAGAACAUUGUAUGUGUUUGCCUGUAUUAGUCCGAAUUGCUGGAACUUAUCAGAAGGUUGGGAAUGUGUCCGAAGCCAAAUCCAAGAAUCAAGUGGUACAAAGCAGGAUAACAUUAUUGUUACACAAAGUGCUGCCAACCUGGCCUGGUGCAAUGCAGCUGAUGAAUGGGAUGAGAAUGACAAUGGUGACUCUAUGAAUGGCAAUGUUAUGAAUGUUGACAAUGAACCAGCUAAUAAUGGCAUGAGAAACUCCGAUGAUGAUGAGAGCAAUUCCUACGAGUUGGAGACUGUUGAACAAGCAUUGGGAAACUUACAAGUGUUUGAUGCUCAUAAUGCCAACAUGUCCCCACAAGGGGCUGUGGGGUCUAACAGUGGUCCGGAGGCGGCGGCAGAACUAGAAGGAGGAGAUGAACCAGGCCUGGUUAUUGUGGAGACUCCCACUGCCACCAUGAGUGAUAUAGAAGCAUUGCUGCAUCAGACUGCGGAGCUACCCGUUGAGUUAAGAAACAAACUGAUGCGAGCACCAAUGCAGUUCAUUCCAAAGUAUAUUUAUGUUGAAGAGGAAUACAAGAACUCAUGCCUUAAUGACGAUCGCGUCACUGAACUACUCAAUAAAUAUAAAAAUGAAAACGAAUUAGAUUUAGGUGGGUUUGCUGAGAGAGGGGCGGGAGCGGGGGCGGGAGGUGGGGACGAGGAGGCUUACGAGGAGGCUGCCCCGCUACACGGCGACAAACUCUUCCACGCUUUUAUCACACGAUUGAAGAAUAACCCUGGACAAAUAUUAAGAUACACGCGAGAUGAGGCUCCUAUACUUGGCGCUCCUUUGGCAAAUAACUCCGCCAUACCCGAGUCACCGAGUGUGCCCAAUGUUUGCAGCCGCUGUGGAUCCAGGCUUAUCUGUGAACUACAAUUAGUUCCAGAAUUCGCCGAUACGCUGAAAAUCUCCCUCAAUGAUAUAUUGUUGUCGCAUCUACAUUUCCUCUCCGUACUUGUCUUCACUUGCUCACAAAGUUGCUGGCAGCCAAUGGACACUGUUGUCAAUGAAAUCGUCGUCUUCCAACCAGAAAUCGUUUAAUUAGUAGAAUUAGUUGGAGCUGUAACGUUUUGUCUUUCAUCUCGUGGUAGAAAUUAAUUAAUUAUGCCUUAUAUUUUAGAUGAUUAAGAUCAUUCUCUGCUUUCUACAUAUUUUAAGGGUAUAGAAGAUGUAGUUUU